CAGACUGACAGAGGACGGAGGGACGAAGCAAAGAGGAACCUGUGAGAGAACAGCAACAAAGAAAAAGAAAGAACAUAGAACAAAGUCCAAAGAGAGACGCUGAGAAAGCAAAGGAAAGGAAGAAGAGCAGAAAUCAGGCAGGAGAAAGAGGUGCUGUGUGCUGUGCUAAACGCCAACGAUCUACCAGUCUAUAUUAUACUAUAGCUUCAACAUCCAGCCAACAGCAGAGAGCCGCUGUUCUUAUUCUACAGAAUCAGUGUUUACCUCAGAGUCAGGAAACAUUUUGCUGUUGAUCAGCUGAAUUUUUAGGAAGUGAAUCAGUAUCUCUGUCAAGGGGUCAACUCAGUAAACUUACUCAACCUUAAGACUCAAGCGAUGGCCCCCAAGAAGAAGGCCUCCCGCCAGAAGAAGCCUGCCGUGGAAACCAUCUCUCAGGUCGCCAUGGAGACCACCACCACGACCCCGAUGAAGGUGCAGAGCCUCGGUGACGGCGUGGUGGUGGUGGAGACCGGGGUGAAGAAGAUCGAGCAGAUGGCGGCGCUGGACAUCGCUCAGCUGAACAGCCUCAACCUGCCGCUGCCUCCGCCCGUCAUCAAGCCCGGAGAGAGAGGCCUGGGCCUGGGCAGCGAGCUGACACGACCCCUGCACGGCAACGCCCUGCUGGAGGAGCUCAGCAAGAUGCGCCAGGAGAAGUUCCUGACUGACCUGGAGUUGGCCUGUAAGUCAAAGGCCUUUGACGUCCACAAGCUGGUCAUCUCUUCAGUCAGUCAGUAUUUCAGAGAGAUUCUGGCCAAAGAUCCUGGCAUGAAGCGCUUGGAGCUGCCCUCCCUCUCACCUCUGGGCCUGGCCAACGUCAUCACCUUCGCCUACCUGGGUCGCGUCCACAUGUCGCUGUACACCAUCGGCUGCACCGUCUCCGCCGCCGCCACCCUGCAGAUCCCUCAGCUCCUCAAGAUGUGCAUGGACUUCCUGCUGGCCGAGCUCAACGUCCAGACCUGCGUCUACAUCUGGAACAUCGCCGCCGCCUACGGCCUGAUGCCCGUGUGUGACGCCGCCCGCCGCUUCGUCCUGGAGAACUUUGUGCAGUUCGCAGAAACGCCGCUGUUCAACCAGCUGACCCUGGAGCAAAUCUCUGCCUUCCUGCAGGACGACAUGCUGAUGUUGCCUUCAGAGGUCAAAGCCUUCAAGUUGGCCAUGAAGUGGCUCGACUUCGACGCCUCUCGUCAGGUUCACGCCGCGGAGCUCCUCGGUCAUGUCCGCCUGGAGACGAUCCCGGCCAGCGAGCUGGUGAGUCAGAUCCAGCCGGUGCCCCGCAUGAUGCUGGACCCUCAGUGUCACCGCCUGCUGGUGGACGCCAUGAACUACCACCUGCUGCCCUACCAGCAGAACACCCUGCAGUCCCGGCGCACGCAUGUCCGCGCCGGCCAGCAGACCCUGCUCACCAUCGGAGGCCGUCCAUCGCUCACCGAGAGGGCGCUCAGCAGAGAGGUGCUGUGGAGAGACCCCCGUGAGGGAGGAGCCUCCUGGCGUCACCUCACCCAGCUGCCGGCGAAGAGCUUCAACCAGUGCGUGGCUGUGAUGGACGGCUUCCUGUACGUGGCUGGAGGAGAGGAUCAGAACGACGCCCGCAACCAGGCCAAGCACGCCGUCAGCACCCUCAGCAGAUACGACCCUCGCUUCAACACCUGGCUCCACCUGGCCAGCAUGCGUCAGCGCCGCACCCACUUCUCCCUGGCCGCCAGCGGCGGCCGGCUGUUCGCCAUCGGCGGCCGUAACGUGGAGGGUCUGCUGGCCACCACCGAGAGCUACCUGCCCUCCUCCAACACAUGGCAGAUGCGUGCUCCCAUGGAGGUGCCCCGCUGCUGCCACUCCAGCGCAACCCUGCCCUCCGGAGACAUCCUGGUGACCGGCGGCUACAUCAACUGCGCCUACUCCCGCUCCGUGGCCUGCUACAGCGUGGAGACCGACACCUGGAGUGAGAAGGCCUCCAUGGAGACUCCCCGAGGCUGGCACUGCUCCACCAGCUUGGGAGGGAAGGUGUACGUGGUGGGAGGAAGCCAGCUGGGACCCGGAGGAGAGAGGGUGGAUGUUCUCUCUGUGGAAGUCUUCUCUCCGGAGAGUGGAGUGUGGAGCCGGGCCGCCCCUCUCCCGCUCGGCGUGAGCACCGCUGGCCUGUCCCCGCUGGCCGACAGGCUGUACCUGCUGGGGGGCUGGAACGAGGCGGAGAAGCGCUACAAGGCGGCCGUGCAGAAGUACGACCCGGCCACUGACAGCUGGUCCUUGGCCGAGGAUCUGCCCGAGCCCACGGUGGGAGUGUCCUGCUGCACCCUGACCCUGCCGCCCCGCCACGCGCCGCGCCGGCAGCAGCACCGCAACACCCCGGCCCACGAAGAGCAGCAGCAGCCCGGGAAGAACCGGAGCAGAGAGAGCAGCGUGGCCCCGUCACAGACCAUCACAGCAUAGAGACAUGGAGCAGGGGAGAGACUGGAGGAGAGGAGGGACGGUUCAACCUCAGGAGCACAUCUGGAUUAGGGCUGCAACUAAUCAUUAUUAAUUCAUUAUCAAUUAAUCUGUAGAUUGAUUUUUCAAUUAGGUGUAAAAACCCAAAGUAACCAAGGUGACGUCUCCAAAUGCCCAAAGAUAUUCCAUUUAAUAUGACAUAUUUAUUACUAACCCUAACCCCUUAUUGCCUGAAAAACACCUUUUAAUAACAAUUUAUCAAAGUUUUUUUGUCGAUCAAUUGAUCAAUUAAUCGACUGAUGGUUUCUGCUCUAAUCUGGAUCAUGUCUGCUCUUUUUUUCUGUUCAUAUUUAUGUUGAAAAAUUAACUUAUUUAUCAUUUUAACACCAAAAAUCAACCUUAACGAUACACAUUUCUGCAUUCCUGUCAAUCAAUAACAUGAAGCAUAAAGAUCCAAGACAAAGAGCAAAAUUAAAGCAGCAAGGCUUGAAUAAUAAAUAAUUGAAUAAGUAUAUAAGUGGGCAAAUAAAAUUAAACAAAGCAAGUUUACAUUUUAGGGGCCAAAGUAUACUGAUGACAAUAAUAAUGGCCAGUUUAAAGGAAGUCUAUGUAAAGUUUGAAAAACAGUUGGAAAAUGGUAAAAUGUUGUGUAACAAUGGCAAAAGAGAAACUGACCCAUUAUUACCAUUUAUAGUGUAAAUAUCUAAAGGCUAAAUGCUAACAUCAGGCACCAUAAAUUACUGGUCAGGCUGGACCAAGUGAGGCCGUAACAGCAAAACCUUUACUGAGCAACAGCUUGUUUUAUUGCUUAUAACUCAACUUUUCAUUUGUAAAAGGAAGAAUGUGUCAUUUCUUUUUUCAAAAGCUGCAUGGUCUCUUUUUUUUUGGUCAAGAAAUGUCAUGAAGUACUGAUCCUGAAUGUGAAAAAAAUCAUUUCUGCUCGACAUCUGUCCCGCGAUGUUGCGACUGCGAGACAGAAAAGAGAGCUUGCAUGAUCCGAAGUUGUCUCAGGAGGUUUUCCAGUGAUGGAGAAAGAGGUGGAUGAGGGAUGAAGUGGAAGAGAGGAGCAGGCGGAGGUAGAGAGGUGACGGAUGGAGGACGAUGAAGGAUGGAGAGAUGGCUGUCUGUGUUUGAGCGAACAUCAAGACGACUGUGAAUCCACUGGCAGAUUGUGUACAAAGAUGUAUCUAGGCAGAGUGUGUGUGUGUGUGACUGUGAACAUGAGUGUGCGAAUGUGUGUGUGUGUGACAGCAAACAGGGUGAAUGACAGGAGUGUGCGUGGGCGCUUUCUGACAAAAACGACACAAUAACCAAGAUUUCUCACCGGCAAACUUGAAAUAUUUCUCAUGAGAACAGCAGCGAUAAACAAACCUGUUUAUUAUUUAACGUAUAUCUGUCAGAAGUAGUGUAGCUCGACCGUGACAAAAAUAAUAAAAAAAAUAUAUAGAUGUAGUACUUAAUAAAGAUUUUAUAAGUGCAAUGGAGUGGAAGGAUGAAGAGGAGAAUGUAAAGAGGAGGGCAGAGUGAAAUCAACAACACAGGUGAGAUUUAAAAGAAAAAAAAAA